AGCUGUGCGCUCUGCUCCAUUUCUGCGGUCCUGUACUUCAUUCAAUCUAGAAUCAGAAUAAAUUUUAUUGCCAACUUCGUUUUUACAGCUGGAACAGUUAAGACAGAAGGAUUUUAGCAAAGACAGGAAGUAGCUAUCGACAUCGAAUAAUAAUUCAGUGCGAUUAAUUGAAGUAAAGUUAAUCGUAUUGUCCCGUAUCGAGUUGUUGUGUGGAGUGGCGGAGAAUAUCGGAGGGAAUUAAUCAGUGAUAUCAGAUGAAGCUGCGGUGGAGUUGGACGUGUCUCCUGCUGCUGUCCAUCGUUGUUGUAACAUGGGCCCAGGAGGAUGAGCUGGAGGAUGAUGAUGAAGAGGCACAAGUGGAGGAAGGAGAGAUGGACCCCGAGGCAGACAGCAGUGAAGUACAAGCUGACAUUAACGUCUCUUUCCAGGUCACAUAUAAGACCCCUGUGCCCACUGGUGAGGUUUUCUUCUCUGAGACAUUUGACGAUGGAUCUCUCAGCAGAUGGAUAAAGUCCAAAACAAUGAAAGAGGAUGCAGAUGAGGAUAUUGCAAAGUAUGAUGGCAAGUGGGAGGUGGAAGCUCUGAAGGAGAACAAAGUGCCUGGUGACCUGGGUCUGGUGCUGAAGUCUCGCGCGAAGCAUCACGCCAUCGCGGCUCCUCUCAACAAACCAUUUGUCUUCAAGAACAAACCACUUGUUGUGCAGUACGAGGUAAAUUUUCAAGAUGGCAUCGAUUGCGGUGGUGCCUACAUUAAAUUACUGUCGGACUCUCCCAACCUGGACUUGGAGCAGUUUCAUGACCGCACCUCAUAUACCAUCAUGUUCGGACCAGAUAAGUGUGGAGAAGACUACAAACUGCACUUCAUCUUCAGGCAUAAAAACCCUCUGAAUGGAGAUUUUGAAGAGAAACAUGCCAAAAGGGCUGACACAGACCUCAAAAAGGUGUACUCGGACAAGAAAACUCACCUCUACACCCUCGUUUUGAACCCAGACAAUACCUACGAGAUAUUUAUUGACCAGUCCAGGGUUAGCAAAGGAAGCUUGCUGACUGAUGUGGUUCCUCCUGUAAACCCGUCUAAAGAGAUUGACGAUCCCAAUGACUCUAAGCCAAGUGACUGGGAUGAAAGAGCUAAGAUUCCUGACCCAGAAGCCGUCAAGCCUGAUGACUGGGAUGAGGAUGCCCCUGCAACAGCGCCUGAUCCUGAUGCAGUGAAGCCCGAGGGCUGGCUGGAUGAUGAGCCUGAAUUUGUCCCAGACUCUACAGCUGAGAAACCUGAAGACUGGGAUGAGGAGAUGGAUGGUGAGUGGGAGGCUCCUCAGGUUCCUAACCCUGCAUGUCAGAGUGCUCCUGGCUGUGGCGAGUGGAACCCUCCGACAAUUAGUAAUCCCAAGUACAAGGGUAAAUGGAAGGCUCCGCUCAUAGACAACCCCAACUACCAGGGUGUGUGGCGUGCACGGAAGAUCCCAAAUCCGGACUACUUUGAAGAUCUGGAGCCGUUUAAGAUGACCCCAUUCCGGGCUGUGGGACUGGAGCUGUGGUCCAUGACAUCUGACAUCUACUUUGAUAACUUCAUCGUCAGCACAGAUAAAGAGGUGGUAGACCGCUGGGCCGCAGAUAGCUGGGGACUCAAAAAACUGGUGGCGAGUGCGAAUGAGCCAGGAGUGUUUAGUCAGCUGGCACUGGCAGCAGAAGAGAGGCCGUGGCUGUGGAUAGUUUAUAUUCUGACUGUUGGACUGCCUCUUGGCUUGGCUGUUCUAUUCUGCUGGCCUAAGAAGUCUGAGGAUGAUUACGCCUAUCAGAGAGUCGAUCCACCCAAAAGGGAAGAGAUAGAAGAAGAAGAAGAAGGUGAGGGAGAAGAGGAAGAGCAGGAGAAAGAAAAGCAAGAGGACACAGUUGAAGCGGAGGAAGCUGCUGAAACAACUGACAAUGCAGGGAGAUUUGAGGAGGAAGGUGAAGAGGUUGAAGGAGAAGAGGUUGAAGGAGAAGCUCUGGAGGAGGAGGAAACGAGCAAAUCGAAUGACAUGCCUUCAGAUGAUGAGAUGAAGGACAUCGAUGAGGGGAUUGACGGUGCUCGAGAUGAACAGAAACAAGCUGUGAGAAAAAGGAGAGUACGGAAGGACUGAAGAGCCCGUUUCCUAUCCUUUCCUCGCCCUCUCUGCCUUUCUAAAUGCUGCAUGCCCCUGGCUUUGUGACGACCACAGGCUCCACCCCUCCACUGGAGCUCCUCCUUCUCUUUCCCAUUAUCUUAGUCUUCCUCUCCACCAGUAGUUUCUAUGGGGUUACUCUUUUCCAGUUUAGGCGUACCAAUGAAAACUCUGCUGUAUUUCCUCGGGUGAGGAUUGAACAAGUAGCACCGCGACCAGAUUUUACAACUGAAUGUUCGCAUACUGAUAUGAAGGGUAAGAAGAAACAGAUGCGUUUGGAAGGAACUCAUCUCAAACCUGAUCUGUCCGUGACCGUUUCAAAAAGUGUUCUUUAACUUAUUUAAAAGGAAUUAGGGCCAGUUUUGUGUGUUUUUAAGUUAUUCCGUUUUUAGCUUUAUUGUUUAAAAGAAAGCGUACUGAACAUUUGUUUCGAUGUUGGAUAUUUUUAAAAUCUUGCUUUCGGUAGUUUAUAGUGAGAGAGAUUUACUUGUAGAAACUAAUUUUUUUUUUUUUCCCCACACAGCAUCUGCUAGGGCUUUGUGGCUUGGCAAACUAAAGAGGUGAUGUUUCAAACAUGGCCAGUGUAUGUAAUCAUUCUCUUCAUACAUUCAGUCAGACAGACUCUUAUUCUACACCAAUCCGAGGUCCAGAAGAAAAAGUGAGCGACUAAAAUGUUCAUGUUAGAUUCCAGUGUUAAUCACAUGCGGACCAAAAGAAUCCAGCUGUAAUUAGCGUUACUGUUAAAUGCAAUAGUUUGGCCAAAAAUGAAAUGUACACAAUUUUCCCUUUAGCCUUAUAGUGGCACUGCAGUUUUCAGGCUUGGUGUAAUUUUUUUUCCCUCUGGGUAGUGGAAGGCACAUGCAGAAUGCAUCUACUAUUAAAAUAUGCUUGGGGAUGAUUUUUUUUUUUUUUGGCCACAGUGGACUGCUUUCAGUGUUGACCUUUUCAGAAAUGUGCUUAUUUUUUGUCUUUCACAACUGGGGAGGCAAAUGAGCAAAACAAACACUGGGACAGGGUGCUGGAAAAAUUGAGAAUUGAAUAUAAAGAGACUUAAAAAAAACAAAUUUCACAUUCCAACACUACAAUGCAACUCAAAACAUCUAUUUUUAGGACAUCACGCUUUAGUAAGGGCUGCGUAGAGUGAAGUCUUAUAAGCAGCUCAGGUUCUUUUGUCUGCACUGUAACCCGUUCCAUUUGUAUUAAUGAUGAAGCUCAUCUACAUAAGCAGCUCGGCUGAUUAGGUAAGCAAUACUAACUACUAAGAGCGGUGUUAUACGGAGUGUGCGCAUCACAAGUGUUUUUUUUUUUGCAUAUUAGCACAAAUGGUGGUUUCUACAUACAGUAGGUAUGGAAUCAAUUUUGUGCCAAAAUGUUCAUACAAUACUUUUGAAAUAUCAAACA